UUAUGUUGUCUCAAAAUUUUAAGAGAGUCCGUUACCGCCUUUGGACGGGAGCGGAUGUGUUCCUGCGUGUUCUUCGCGCAGAUUUUUGUUUUAAUAAAAUUUUUGAGUUUCUCCCUCUCUCAAGGGCUUCGACAGUGGCACCGUUAACCAGUUGUUGGCCUGAAUAUACUGAUCGCUCCUAGAUCAGAGGUGACCAUUAAAAUUCAAAGAAAGAAAGAAGAAAAUUUUAAGAAAUUUCGAAAAUUAUUAAAAAUGUUCGUGAAAAAGUUACUCGAUAUCGCGAAUUGUCAAUUGUCUAAUCCAGAAAGAAAAAAAAAUAAGCAAUGGCUCGAGACAGACAAUAAUUAUUUGUUCAGUCUAUGGGGAUUAAUUGUACACUUGAUUUUAUUAUGGGGUGUGCUUGACGUUAAUUUUCAUUCGCCUAUCAUUAAAGAAUUGCCAGUUGUACCAGCACCGAGUGGCUCACCAGCUAAAAGAGUAUUACUUUUUGUAGCGGACGGUCUGAGGUUUCAGACGUUCAUAGAUAAGUCACCACCUUAUCUCAGAGAUGUAAUAAAGAAUAAGGGUGUUUGGGGAAUAUCUCAUACAAGAGUACCCACAGAAUCAAGACCAGGACAUGUCGCAAUUGCAGCAGGAUUAUAUGAGGAUCCCAGUGCUAUUUUUAAGGGAUGGCAAGAAAAUCCAGUGGAUUUUGAUUCUGUCUUUAAUCAAAGCUAUGCUACUUGGGCUUGGGGCAGUCCAGAUAUAAUUCCAAUAUUCACAAAAGGUAGCAAACGAAACGUUCAUGGAAAAAGUUAUCCAUCUGCAUGGCAAGAUUUUGACUCAAACUUGAAUAAUCAAACAAUGCGCUUGGAUUCAUGGGUGUUUAAUGCUUAUUUGGAAUGGUUGCAGUCCUCAGUAGCUAAAAUGUUGAAAAAUCAGAAUGGUAUCAUUUUAUUUUUUCAUUUACUUGGAUGUGACACUCUAGGACAUGCUAAAAAGCCACAUUCCAGGGAAUAUAUCGAAAAUAUGAACUAUGUCGAUAUGAGAAUUGAAGAGAUUGUGAAUAUGACAGAAAACUUCUUUGGGAAAGAUACCACUACUUAUGUAUUCACGGCAGAUCAUGGAAUGACUGAUUGGGGAUCCCAUGGAAGUGGAUUGCCAUACGAAACUGAAACACCAUUAAUUGUUUGGGGAGCUGGAAUAAAAUCUGGCUUUCGCCAAGAUAUUGAACAAGCGAGUAUAGCUCCCUUGAUAGCAUCUUUGAUAGGAAUUCCUAUUCCUGUAAAUAACGAAGGUGCACUGCCAUGGCAAUAUUUUGAUAUAAAUUAUCAGAAAUAUAUUGGGUAUUCUUUACUCAACAAUGUAAAACAACUUGCAUAUCAAGUAAUGGGAAAUCGUGCUAUAAAUGGUGAGACGAGUAUCGAUUGGCGAGAAACGCAAUUAAAUAGCAGAAUUCGUAAAAUCGAAGAACAUAUUGGUAAAGGAAGUAUAAUAGAUGGAAUUCGAGAAAGUGAAGAAGCAAUUAGUUUUGGCAAGGAAGCCUUGUCAUAUUUCAGACAAUAUCAGCGAAUACGAUUUUUGAUAUAUCUAUCAAUAAUGUGGCUUGGCUGGAUAGUUAUAUUAUUCUUGAAAAUAACUGGAACAAAACGUCGAUGUUUCCGAAUCUCUAUAUUACAAUUUGUAAACAUUGGAUUCGCAAGUCUAUUGAUAAUAAUAUUAAUCAGAUAUACAGUAUCCAAUUAUAACAACUGGAGAUUACUAUGCUAUGCAGCCUUUGCUAUAAUAUCUGUAUGGUUUGCUAUUGUUAAAAUAAUUACAUCGACGCCUGUAUUUAUAAAGAGAAGCAAGAAGAAACUUUUCAUAGAUAUUGGAGGCACAUUAUUAUUAUUAGUAAUACUAUUUGUUGGACUGACAUAUAGAUUUGCGCUCAGCAUAGGAAUAUUAUCUCUUAUAUUGAUACGAAUAGCAAAGUCGAAAAAUGUAUCACCACCUAUGAUUUGGACGUCGAUAGCACUAUGUGUGUUUCCUUUAUUGCCAGUCGUGGAGCCAUAUCCACGUGUUUAUAUUGUGAUAAUUGGCAUUUUUGUAGCAAUGUCGAUGAUAAUUAUCAAUGAGACAUCGCAGAAUCGGAAAACAAUGGAAAUUUUACGUAUAAUCAUUACGAGUCUCGUUUACACAAAAUUUCUCGAUGGUCGAUAUUAUAUAUCGUGGAUUAUUUUACUGACUACACCAUUAUGUAUUUGGUCCUAUCCAACAGAAAACAAGAGAAGGAUGCUGGGUAUAAUGUUUGGAUUUUUCUGCCCUCUUACAUUAUUGUCUGCAUCUUACGAGCCACUCUUCUUCAUUAUACUUACAAUCAAUUUAUUUUAUUGGUUGCAAGUCAUUUCAAAGAGGUCAGGAAAUACACAACAAACUAUUACAAAAGACUUGAUCCAGGCAGCGUUUUUCAUGUUGUACAUAUUAUUGUGUUUCUUCGGCACAGGUAACAUGGCGAGCAUUAGUUCGUUCGAUCCAUCUUGGACGCGUCACUUUGUCACAAUUUUCUCUCCGUUUCUAAUGACAUCGUUGAUUCUUUUCAAACUUAGUAUUCCUUUAAUAUUAGUCGGAUGCGCGAGUUAUUCACUAGAAUCAGAAUACAGGAAACCUAUUUAUUUAGCAGUUCUUUUUUUAGGUGAUUGCUUAUCGUUACCUUUAAUGUACUAUGUCACACCAUACGGCAGUUGGCUCGACAUCGGUAGCGCUAUAAGUAAAUUUAUUAUCGCUCUUUCUCUUCCUUGUCUUUUUGUAUUAUUGCGAUGUCUUUCGUAUCUACUUAUGGAAUUGGAUUUAAAACGAUUUCGAGUCAACUUACUACCUCAAAAGAAGUAUAUUGUAUAAUUUUUUUAUAUAUGUGUAUAUAAAAUUAUAAUAAGAAUUAUAAUUAAAUUAUUAUUUUGUUGAACCAAAGUUUGAAUAGGAUGUUUUAAUCGUGCAUUUUAAACACCCACUUGUUUGUAGACGAUUAAUUUGAGAAUAUAUUAUAUAUUGCAAUAAAAUUUAAUACAAAAAAUGUCGAGAUAACAGUACAUUAUAUUAAUGAACUGUAUGUGACUUAAUUAUCCAUAUAUGCUAUAUUGUCAUUAUAACGAAAUAUACACAUAAUUAAAACAUUGAAUAGGUAUACCUAUGUGCAUGUAUCUGAUGAGAGACUGCAUUUUUAUAUAAUAUGUAGUCAUUCUUGUAU